ACAUGGGCCGGAGCUCGGAGCUGGGGCGGGACUGGAGCGGAGCUGCCUUGGCACUGGAGAGGAGCUGGAUUCCCGCUCCUGGCUCUGUGCUCUGGCCCUUUUGUGCCUCUAGUAAUUUAGUCUGGACGCCGGCCGGAUUAAGUUGCCUGCCUUCUCAGUCUCCCUCAUCCACUACAAGUUCUGUAUUAUCUGCUGAUGGAAAUAUUUAUUCAUUCUCAGCUCUCGGGUCUUGAAGAAGUCACGCACCCUGCUUGGCCUAAUAGGCCUUGAAAAGUUCUGCCUGGCGGUGCUCGGUCACCUGAUCCUCUUUCCUCUCCUCCUCCUUCCCCCUGUGACAGCCGGGAGCUGUCACUGUGUAGCCACAAUUCUGAGACAUAAUUUUCUUAAAAAAAAUUAUUUGACCAGAUAAUACAUUCACAGGGUUCACAAUUCAAGAGGCAGAAAAGAUAUCUUUGAAAAGCCUCGCAUCCUUGGCCCCAGCCACCAACUUCUCCACAGAGGCAACUAAUGUUGCUAUUUUGCAUAUCUUUUUAGACAUAUUCUAUACAUAUACAAGCAAGUAUGCUUAUCUGUUCCUUUUUUUUUUAACACAAAUGUAGCAUGCUGUACAUACUUCAACAUCUUGAUUUUUAAAAAAUUUUAUAUUAGAGAUACUUUCCUAUCAUGUAGUCACUUCCUCUGCAUCUGCAUAGUAUCCUGUAUUAUGCGUAUACAGUAAUGUAUUUAAUUAUUAUUGAUGGACGUGUAGAUUUUUCCAAUUUGUUGCUGUUAUAAAACAAUGAAUACCUUUUACCUCGUUGCACUCUGAGACCAAGAUGGGUCACCAGAAGCUAUGCUGGAGCCACCCGCGAAAAUUCGGCCAGGGUUCUCGCUCUUGUCGCGUGUGUUCAAACCGGCACGGUCUGAUCCGGAAAUAUGGCCUCAAUAUGUGCCGCCAGUGUUUUUGUCAGUAUGCGAAGGAUAUUGGUUUCAUUAAGUUGGACUAAGUGAUCUUCCUUCAAAGGAUUAUCCAAGGCAUCUACCCAAUGGAAAACCAUGAUAGUUCUUUGUACAUAAAAUAAACAUUUAAAAAAAUGAAUAAUCUUGUUUAUGUAACUUUUACCAAGUGCACAAGUACAAAUUGUAGGAUAAAUUCUAGAAGUGGAGUUCUAAUUUUGUAAGUGCCAAACUACACUCCACGGAGAUUGUACCAGUUGACACUUUAACUUACAGUGCAUGAGAUAUGCACACCAGUUUUGGAUAUAACUUCUUCCCAGUAGUCCCGUUUGUAGUCUCAUCUUUAUGCUGUUUCUCCUUUUGUUCCUUAAGCUAUUUCUAAAUGUUCUUUUGGUAUUUAUGUUUCUUCUUACUUUUCCCUUUCUUAACAACUUCAACUUUUCCUAGCACCCUUCUCCAUUUACACUGUCCCCCAAAAGAAAGCAUUUCCUUUCUACCUUCAUCUCAUUCUGCUGUUUCUUUUAAAAAUAUUUGAGGACACUGAAAAUGUCAGAUACUCAGUAUUUAUUGGAAAACUUAGACACAGAGAUUUACCAUUUGAUCUGUGCACAGUGAUCUGUGUGUUUCUCUGGGUUUGUUAUUCUGUAAAAAUAUUAAUACAUUUAUUCCUUGGAUACAGUUAUGACUAACAUGUAUAUAGGAUCUUAUGCGUUUAUUCAUACAUACCCUUUUUUUUUUUGAGAUGGAGUCUUGCUCUUGUCACCCAGGCUGGAGUGCAGAGAUGUGAUCUCAGCUCACUGCAAUCGCUGCCUCCUGGGUUCAAGGGAUUCUCCUGCCUCAACCUCCCACGUAGCUGGGAUUACAGGCACCCCCCACCACACCCAGCUAAUUUUUGCAUUUUUAGCAGAGACCGGGUUUCACCAUGUUGGCCAGGCUGGUCUUGAACUCCUGACCUCAGGUGAUCUGCCCACCUUGGCCUCCCAAAAUGCUGGGAUUACAGGCGUGAGCCACCGCGUCUAGCCUGAUAAAGUUACUUUCAAUUUAAGCUUUCAGAUCUCAACUUGGUCCUAAUUGCAGUUAACUUUUUGUGAAUCUCCUAUUGACUCACUUUGUUUGAGUGGUUAUUUCAAGCCUUUUACAUGUUUUUCAGGUCCUCAGUUCAGUCUCUUUCUUCGUGACUGAUGACUUUUUUCUCUCCUGAGACGACUGAGAAUCCACUUAAGAGUUCUCUUAACUUCUCUGACAUUUUCCAUUUUCUGUUUUAAUCCUGCCUUAGAGGAAGUGGUAUCAAUUUUUGUUAUGUGCAACCUUCCCCAUUUCUGUUUUUGACCUUAUGCCUUCCUCCUCUGGACUUUGUUUCUUCAGUCACUACCUCUUCUAUUUGUUGUCCUAUGGAAUUUUUCACUUUUGUUCUUAUAAGCAUGCUAAUAUCCAUUUUAUCUUAAAAACGUAGUUGAGAAAAUCUUCCUGCUCUCCUAAGUUACAAGUCAUUUUCUUUUUUUUCUUUCACUGCCUAAAAGUGGCAGAAAGGACAGGCUUAGGAGUUAGGAAGACCUAGGUUUGAAUCUUGGCUUUGAGUUUUGUCUAAUAAAUUCUGUGAAACUGUUUUUCCUAUCUAUAAUGUAGAAAUAAUUGUAUUUACUUCACAGGUUUAUAUAGAAUUAGAUAAUAUCAAUAUGUAUCUCUAAUCACGGUGUCUCAUACAGUGAUCAUCUCAAUUUAUAGCAGCUAUUACUAUUCGCCCACAGUACAUUUCUUUACUACUUAUAUAUUUAUUUUUAGAGACAGUCUUGCACUGUCGCUCAAGCUGGAGUGCAGUGGCAUGAUCAUAGUCACUGCAGGCUGGGAACUCCUGGGCUAAAACCAUUCUCCUGCCUCAGCCUCCCUAGUAGUUAGGACAACAGGCGUGCACCACCAUGCCAUGCUCAUUUAAAACUUAUUUUUUUUUUUGUAGAGACAGGGUCUUGUUAUGUUGCCUAGACUGGUUUCAAAUUCCUGGGCUCAAGUGAUCCUCCCACCUUGGUCACCCAAAGUACUGGCAUUUCAGGGGUGAGCUACCAUGCCAGGCUCUUAUUUUAUUUUUAAACUUCUUGCACUUUAGUUUCUAUCUAUAUAAAUCAGUUGAAACUGAGCAGUAGUUUCUUAAUUCCCAGAUCUUUAGUAUUUCUCAGUCCUAAUCCUUGUGUUUUUGACAUUGUUGAGCCUUUGAGCUUCCCUUGGUUUCUCUUGCUGAACCUUCCCGUUUAUCCGCCUGCUUCUUUUCUUUCCUUCAUUGUGUCCUCACAUGGCUUCUCUAAAGUUUUGUUUCUGUUAAUUUCAUCCGUUCUGGUCUUGGACUGUAUGUGCUUCCCUAGUCAACCUUUUUAACCUCAAGCUAGCAUCUGACCUCUAGAGCCAGAUUUAUCUCCGCCUUUUAGAAUGCUGCAUCAGGAUAUGCCGGUGUGUUGGAUAGUCUUCAUGCCUACCCUCAGGCUCAGUAAUUUGCUAAGAGCAUUCAUAAGACUCAGCAUGUAGUCAUACUCAUGGCUAUGAUGUAUUUUAGUGAAAGGAUACAAAGCAAAAUCAGCAAAGAGAAAAGACACAUGGGGCCAAGUCCAGGAGAAACCAGGCACAAGCUUCCAAGGGUCCUCUUCCAGUGGAGUCACACAGGAUGUGCUUAAUUCCCCCAGCAACAGGUAGUGACAAUAUGUGUAAAAUGUUGCUAACCAGAGUAGCUUGUUAGAGAUUUGGCACCCAGGGUUUUUAUUAUGGGGUGGUAAUGUAGGCAUCUCUGCCUAGAACAUACCAAAAUUCUAGACUCCCUGAAGGAAGAUAAGUGUUCUGCAUAAACCCUGUAGUUUGUAUAAACAUUUUAAGCACAGUGAACCACCUUUUUCAGUUCUGGGAAUGGUAGGAACCCUCUGAAAUUGUUCUCAGACAAGAGCCAAGAACCAACCUUAUAAGCAGGCCUUUCAAAGGAUAGCAGUUAACUCUUCUGUGCAGAUAACAGUACCACAAACUUAAUAAAAUUUAAACUGAACUUCGUAUCUCCCUCUGCUAACCACUUUCUAUUGUGACUUCUGUUGUGUGGUACCUAGGUCCAAAGCCUGGGCAUCAUGUUUGAUCCUCUCCCCUCAGCUUCUCACAUUUAGUCAUUUGCCAUGUGCUGUAGAUUCUUCCUCUGAGGGUUUUUUUUUAAUCCAACUCUUCCUUUCUCUUUUCAUUGCUACCAUUUUUAUUUAGGUUCUUAUGACUUCCGAGUGGCCUCACUCCAAUUUGUUUCUUCAUAUCUCAGCGAGCUAAUUCUUCCUAAGGCACAGUUCCUAUAAUGUCAACUGUAGUGGCCCUGAUUACCUCAUUCUAGAAUUUAUGGUCUACUUCACUAGAGCCCCAAACCUCCAUCUACUUAAUUUCCUAUUACCGCCUAAUGUGUAUACUAUGUUUCAGCUUACCUGGUCUAGCUGCUGUUACCUAAGCAUGCUUUUUCCUACCUCUACUGAUACUUAGUUAAAAAAAAAAAAAAAAAAAAAAAAGACCUGCCGUUUUUUUCCUUAAAAUAUGUAUGAUUGUAUAAUUGGUUCUUGUUUUUCAUGAUAGAUAUAUUCUAUAAAGUUGCUGUGAAUGGUCAGUUGGAAAGUACUGAACAUUUGAUCCUAGGAGAAGUAUGUAUAUACAUCUCACAUAGAUUAUAAUCUUUUUUUUUUUUUUUUUGAGACAGGGUCUCACUUUGUUACCUAGGUGGAAGUGCAGUGGCACAAUCUCAGCUUGCUGUGGCUGUCACUUCCUGGGCUCAAGCGAUCCUCCUGCCUCAGCCCCCCAAGUAGCUGGGACUACAAGUGCAUACCACCAUGCUAAUUUUUGCAUUUUUUGUAGAGACAUGGUUUCGCCAUGUGGUCCAGGCUGCUCUUGAACGCCUGGACUCAAGCAAUCCGCCUGUCUUGGCCUGGGAUUACAAGUGUGAGCCACAGCAUCCGGCUGAUUAUAAUCUUAAGUCCUAAAAACAACUCAUCCUGGUAGAUUCUUUUUUUCUUUAUUUCACAAAAGAGAAAACAAAGUUCAGAAGUGUUAAGUGACUUGGCUGAGGUCACCCCACUAACAGAUUCCAGAGCUGGCAUUCAAACCCUGUCCACCUGGCCCCAAAGCCUGAACUGCUUGGAUUACACUGCAUUUCCCCUACGGUCUCCAUCUUCUGGUCAUCUCUGUAUGAAAGCUGAAACAAGAGGGUAGAGUGACUUGUUCUUAGUUGUGAACUUAAAUUUUUUACCACUCUGUCUAUUUGCAAAUGACCAUGAAAGCACAUGAGUAUUGAAUUGGGGAUUACAAAUAAAUUUGAGCAGCUAAGCAAAUUCAGAAAUGCAGAAUUUGUGAAUAGAAAAGAUUAACUGUAAAUCACUUGAAAUCCCAGAUAACCACUGUAGAACACCAUUUCAGGUUACUCUCCACAUGUGUUUUAAGUGAUUUUUAUAUAAAAACAAAAUAUAUGCACAUUAUAUCCUUUUUUUUAAACCUACCUGAUUCACUGAAUAGCAUUUGUUGGAUUGCUUUCUAUGUCUAUGUUCUGUGAUCAUUUUAAAUUGCUGCAUUGUAUUUCCUUUUCUUUUUCUUUUUGAGACGGAGUCUCUCUCGGUCACCCAGGCUGGAGUGUGGUGAUGUGAUUUGGGCUCACUGCAACCUCCGCCUCCUGGGUUCAAGCAAUUCUCCAGCUUCAGCCUCCCGAGUAGCUGGGACUACAGACAUGCGCCACCAUGCCAGGCCAAUUUUUGUAUUUUUGGUAGAGACGGGGUUUCUCCAGGUUGGCUAGGCUGGUCUCAAACUCCUGACCUCAGGUGAUCUGCCUGCCUGGGCCUCCCAAAGUACUGGGAUUACAGGCAGGAGCCACCGCACCGGGCUUGCAUUAUAUUUCAUUGUAUGACUAUGUUAUAAUUUAACCAAGAUCCUUAAUGGAUGUCUUUUAUGUAUGUACUAUAUAAAAUAGGUCAUCACGUAUAUUAUGUACUUUUAAAAAUCUAUUUUCCUCCCAGUUAGAUAAAAAUUCUUUGAGUCCAGGAACUAUUUGAUUGAAUAUAUAUCAUCAUUAUCUUGCUUGAUUUUUGACACUCACUUAAAACAAUUUGAGUCAAACAGAAAAAAAGCUCUAGUUUCUUUUUUUUCUUUUUUAAAAAUUUUAAUUCUAGUUUCUUUUUGAAUCUCAUGUAUUGUCUCUCU